CUCUCUUUAAAGGGAGGGGGGAGGCGGGAGUGCGCUCUGCUCUGGCAGCCUCGGCGGCGGCGACUUUGCUCUUUAAAUUGGUCUCAAAGCCGAUUACAGCUGAUCUCCCACGUGAUAUUUCCCCUUCUGGCUCCCUCCGAGGGAGGAAGACGAGGAGGAGGAGGAAAGGGGUCCAAGAGAGAGACACACACACACACAGAGAGAGACCGAGAGCGGUGGGCAAAGGCGCGCCUGGCACAACUUUUCCUCGCUUGUCGGCGCGCGAAGGAGGGCUGCGGCGAUGCUGAGAAGGCGGCUGGGAUAGGCAGAGGAGCCGCACAGCCCGGCGAGGAAGGCAGUAGGCAGCCCAGUGUGUGUUGGGGGGUGGGGGUGUCCCUGGGAGAGGGCCGGUGGCGGGGGACCAUGCAGAAGAGCGUGCGGUGCAACGAGGGCCACGCCUUGUACCUGGCGCUGGUGGCCCGCAAGGAGGGCUCCCGCCGGGGCUUCCUCAGCAAGAAGACGGCCGAGACGGCCAGCCGCUGGCACGAGAAGUGGUUCGCGCUCCACCAGAACCUGCUCUUCUACUUCGAGGCCGAGAGCAGCACCCGGCCCGCCGGGCUCUACCUGCUGGAAGGCUGCACCUGCGAGAGGGCCCCCGCCCCCUCCGCCAUGGACAAGCAGUUCUAUUUCACUGUCCUUUUUGGCCAUGAAGGACAAAAACCACUUGAGCUCCGCUGUGAAGAUGAAGCAGAGGGAGAAGAAUGGGUAGACGCUAUUCACCAGGCGAGUUACUCAGAUAUCCUAAUUGAAAGGGAAGUAUUAAUGCAAAAAUACAUACAUCUAGUUCAGAUUGUAGAGACGGAAAAGAUCUCAGCCAAUCAGCUGCGACAUCAACUUGAGGAUCAAGACACAGAAAUUGAAAGGCUUAAAUCAGAGAUUGUAGCUCUCAAUAAAACUAAAGAACGAAUGCGACCUUAUCAAGGCAACCAAGAAGAAGAAGAUCCAGAUAUCAAAAAAAUUAAAAAGGUCCAGAGUUUUAUGCGAGGUUGGUUGUGCAGAAGAAAGUGGAAGACAAUUGUCCAAGAUUAUAUUUGUUCCCCUCAUGCAGAGAGCAUGCGGAAGAGAAAUCAGAUUGUUUUCAACAUGGUUGAGGCUGAAUCAGAAUAUGUGCAUCAACUUUACAUUCUUGUUAAUUGUUUUCUAAGACCAUUAAGAAUGGCCGCAAGCUCAAAGAAGCCACCCAUUAGUCAUGAUGAUGUCAGCAGCAUAUUCCUCAACAGUGAAACUAUAAUGUUCUUGCAUGAAAUAUUUCAUCAAGGAUUAAAAGCAAGAAUAGCAAAUUGGCCAACUCUAAUUUUAGCCGAUUUAUUUGACAUCUUGCUACCAAUGCUGAAUAUUUAUCAAGAAUUCGUUAGAAAUCACCAGUAUAGUCUUCAAGUCCUGGCAAACUGCAAACAAAAUAGAGAUUUUGACAAACUUUUGAAGCAAUAUGAAGCCAACCCUGCAUGUGAGGGCAGGAUGCUUGAAACUUUCCUCACUUAUCCUAUGUUUCAGAUUCCUAGAUAUAUUAUAACUCUUCAUGAACUUCUGGCUCAUACACCACAUGAACAUGUGGAAAGAAAAAGCCUUGAAUUUGCUAAAUCCAAGCUAGAAGAACUUUCAAGAGUGAUGCAUGAUGAAGUGAGUGAAACAGAAAACAUACGGAAAAAUCUUGCAAUAGAAAGAAUGAUAGUAGAGGGUUGUGACAUAUUAUUGGACACCAGUCAAACUUUUAUACGUCAAGGUACUCUCAUUCAAGUCCCUUCUGUUGAGAGAGGGAAACUUAGUAAAGUUCGUCUGGGAUCAUUGUCUUUGAAAAAAGAAGGAGAAAGACAAUGUUUUUUAUUUACAAAACACUUUUUAAUUUGUACAAGAAGUUCUGGAGGAAAGCUGCAUCUACUUAAGGCAGGAGGUGUCCUUUCGCUAAUAGAAUGCACACUAAUUGAGGAAACUGAUAUGAAUGAUGAGGACUCAAAAAAUUCUGGACAAGUAUUUGGACACCUUGACUUCAAGAUUGUGGUAGAGCCAGCAGAUGCACCUCCUUUUACAGUCGUCUUGUUAGCUCCUUCGAGGCAGGAAAAAGCAGCAUGGACAAGCGACAUUAGUCAGUGUGUUGACAACAUACGGUGUAAUGGUUUAAUGACCAUAGUAUUUGAAGAAAACUCCAAAGUCACUGUGCCACAUAUGAUCAAAUCUGAUGCUCGUCUUCACAAAGAUGACACUGACAUCUGCUUCAGCAAAACACUAAAUUCCUGCAAAGUGCCCCAGAUUCGUUAUGCAAGCGUUGAACGCCUUUUGGAGAGAUUAACAGACUUGCGAUUUCUCAGUAUUGAUUUCCUUAAUACUUUCCUACAUACUUACCGCAUAUUUACUACUGCAAAUGUUGUACUGGAGAAACUGUCAGAUAUUUACAAACGGCCUUUCACCUCAAUCCCUGUUCGAUCUUUGGAGUUGUUUUUUGCUACUAAUCAAAACAACAGAGGAGAUCAUUUGGUUGAUGCGAAAUCACCACACCUCUGUCGCAAAUUCUCUUCUCCUCCACCUCUGUCACUCUCAAGGACUUCCUCUCCUGUCAGAACCAGAAAACUGUCAUUAAGCUCCCCACUAAAUUCAAGAAUAGGAGCUUUAGACCUGUCUACCUCCUCUCUUGCUAGCAGUCCUACCUCAACAUAUAGCCCUGCUACAUCACCACCCCCCACUUUGCCUAAAGUACCCCUAGACCUGAGCAAAGGACCCUCAUCUCCAGAACAAAAUUCUAAUUUUGUAGAUGAGAACUUAGAGAAUCCACGCAUAGAGCUUUGCAACAAACUGAGAAGAAGCCUUCGAAGAGCAGCGGUUCUGGAGUCUGUAUCAGUGGACCGUACAAUCCCAGAAAGUGCCUCAUCUAUGGAUACUGCUGAGCUAUCUCCAUGUAGAUCUCCUUCAACCCCAAGGCAUUUGCGCUAUCGACAGUCAGGGGUACAGGCGACUGACAACAGCCAUUGUUCUGUUUCCCCUGCUUCUGCCUUUGCUAUUGCUACAGCGGCAGCUGGACAUGGCAGUCCACCAGGAUUUAAUAACUCUGAAAGAACAUGUGAUAAGGAGUUUAUCAUACGCCGAGCAGCCACAAAUCGUGUCCUGAAUGUCCUUCGCCAUUGGGUCUCAAAACAUUCCCAGGAUUUCGAGCUAUACAAUGAACUGAAAAUGAAUGUUCUAAAUCUUCUAGAAGAAGUGUUGAGGGACCCUGAUCUGUUACCACAAGAAAGAAAAGCUACAGCAAACAUAUUGAGGGCACUUUCCCAGGAAGAUCAAGAUGACAAUCACUUAAAAAUAGAGGACAUCAUGCAGACGUUAGAAUGUCCUAAACCAGAGUGCUUUGAAACGCUAUCAGCCAUGGAGCUUGCUGAACAAAUAACUCUCUUAGAUCACAUUGUUUUCAGAAGCAUACCCUAUGAAGAGUUUCUUGGGCAGGGUUGGAUGAAAUUGGACAAAAUUGAAAGAACACCUUAUAUUAUGAAAACCAGCCAACACUUUAAUGAUAUGAGCAACCUUGUUGCAUCCCAGAUUAUGAAUUAUGCGGAUGUUGGCUCACGUGCGAAUGCGAUUGAGAAAUGGGUAGCAGUCGCAGACAUCUGCCGAUGUUUGCACAACUACAAUGGUGUGUUGGAAAUCACAUCAGCCUUGAACAGAAGUGCAAUCUACAGGCUGAAGAAAACCUGGGCUAAAGUUUCUAAACAGGCUAAAGCUCUUAUGGAUAAACUUCAGAAGACUGUAUCAUCUGAGGGAAGGUUUAAAAAUCUCAGAGAAACACUCAAGAACUGUAAUCCCCCUUCCGUACCAUAUCUCGGGAUGUACCUAACAGACCUGGCAUUUAUUGAAGAAGGAACACCAAAUUUUACUGAAGAAGGCCUUGUUAAUUUUUCCAAAAUGAGAAUGAUAUCACAUAUAAUCAGGGAAAUACGGCAGUUCCAACAAACGUCUUAUCGCAUAGAUCAUCAACCAAAGGUCACUCAGUACUUACUUGACAAGAGUCUCAUCAUAGAUGAAGACACUUUGUAUGAACUAUCUCUGAAGAUUGAACCCAGACUGCCUGCCUGAAAAACCAGUUUUGUUCUUCAUCCCACAGAGAACUUUAGUGUAAUGGAAAAAUUAUGCAUGGCAUGUCCCCUAAACAAUGCAAGGGGGAAACGCUGAGAAGAAUUCAAGUUCCCUUUGCCAUUAAGGGACACAGAGUCUCACUGAGAUUCCUUUUCAGGCAGAGAUGAAGCUGUUGGAGGUGCAAGUCCAAAAGAUUACCAACCAAGGUUGAAUGCUUUUGCUUUGUAAAGGAAAUGUUUCAUGAAAGAAAGACUGGGGGCUAAGAAAAAUAUAAGGAACAUUGGUAAGAAUUGUACUGAACCUGUCAAAGGGCAAAAUGAAAUAUAGGGACCAUUUUCCCUUAGAUGAUAAUAAAUGAAGAAAGCAAAUGUAAAAGAGAGAAGCUUCUCCACUCUGCUUGGACAAAACACAUGAUCCAUAAUGAGCAUGAAAGCAUCUAUGUAUUUUGACGCUAUUUGCAUUUGGUGGUAUCCAUUGUAAACAAUAAGCAUUUAAAAGUAUUUUUUCCUGUAUAAUGUGAUCUUUAACAACACCAAGGCUUUUGCUUUCUAAACGGCUUGUUUUAAUUGAAAAUGUCUCCUUCGUAAAUUCAUCACAGUAUGUCUCCAAUUUCAAAAAUGGAUAGAAAUGGAUGGAAACAUUGGUGACAUAUAGCCAGCUAAAUACUGUAAAUAGUUUUUUCAUCUAGGAGGCCCAUGCAUAAAUUGCCUUUUAUGGUGUCAAAGAUACAAGCCUAGGUGGGAUUUUUAAGUUCAAUGCUUGCAUUUCAUAGCAGAAUAUGGCACUGUAAUAGAUUAAUUCCAUUAGUAUUUUGCACCUUGUUUGCAUCAACAACAUUAUUCCAGCAACCUUUGUUUAAAAUGCAUGCUGUAAUUCAGAGCAUUGUGUGAGCUCCAGGGCAACUUUAUGGCACCUUACAUGAUGGCCAGGAUUCUUUCCUUUACUUAGGAAAGCAAUUUCAGACAAGUAUCUUGGUAUUAACACUACACCUCCAUGUUCAUGGAAGCCAGUGAGGAACCUUCACCUGUGCGCCAGCAUCAAAGCCUAGUCACUGCCCAUUAGUAAUAAUAGUUGUCAUGGUAGUACAUAUGCCUUUGAUUUUUUAUUAAAAGUACUUAGAACUAUUUUUCAAGGUUUAUACUUUGUUAAGCUUAGUUGUCAUGCUUAAAUAUUACACAGCAUGACCACUACCCGUUGCACUGUGAUGUGCGCUGAAGUGCAAUAGAGCCUCACAUUAUGGUACACUAAACUGUGACAAAUAUUUCUCUCUGUGCGUAUGUGCGUAUACAUGGGCAUGACUCCAAUGUCAAUUUAAAUGUAGUAUCUGCAUCCACUGUGGUCUCUGAUCCAAGAGCCUGCAUGUAAGCAUUUGCUCUGGUGUGCACAUGAGCUGGGAUUGCCCCACUUUCUUGGAGUGAGAGUACAUUUCCAAACAAUGUGUAAGCUCUUGCUUGCAUAAUGUGGCAUGCACAUGUAACUCUUUCUAAGUUCUGUGGGGCCAACUAUAAUUGAAUAUUGUAAACACAGUCAUUUUUUUCAUGUCAGGAGCGACUUGAGAAACUGCAAGUCACUUCUGGUGUGAGAAAAUUAGCCAUCUGCAAGGAAGUUGCCCAGGGGAUACCCAAAUGUUUUUGGUGUUUUACCAUCCUUGUGGGAGUCUUCUCUUAUGUCCCCGCAUGGGGAACUGGAGCUAACAGACCUGUGUGUGUGUGUGUGUGUGUGUAUUCAACAGUAUAUCAAAUUAUAUAUUAAAUUUGGCAUGCAUAUGCACUUUCCCAAAAUUUCUAAGCAUCCACUGAGGUGUCAGUGCAGCCCUCAAUACCAGGAGUGUUUGAUCUUUAAAUCCUAAGAGAAAGAUAUCAAACAGGAGACAACAAAUUAUGGAAAUGGGUUGUUGUAGGUUUUUUUGGGCUAUAUGGCCAUGUUCUAGAGGACAUGACCAUAUAGCCCAAAAAAACCUACAACAACCCAGUAACUCCAGCCAUGAAAGCCUUCGACGAUAAUUUAUGGAAAUUCCACUAUAAGGAAUGUAUCAUUUUAUUCCUUCCUUAAAUAUAGAAUGGAAGAUACUGUGGCCUUAUUCAAGGUGAAAAGGGCCUCCUCCUUCUCCCUAGCAAUUGCAGCUCCUCUCCAGGGAGAACUGGAGUAAGUACAGGGUUUCCUUACACAAGGAGUUGCAGACACUGGAACUCAGAUACAAGUCUCAGACCACACCUGUGACCUUGUAGGAAUUACAAAUUCUUUGGCUCAAUAAAAAGUUCCUCCCACCCAUAAUGAUUCUUUCAGAGACCAAAAUAUGGAGGAGAAUCCCAGAAAAGAUGAAAUCCAAGAAGAAGAAUGUAUUUAUAUUUGUACUGCAAUCAGGGGAACAGAAAAACACAUAAGUUGAUCUGUCUUGUGAUCUUUACUACUAGCCUUUUUUCUUUGUGACUCCAGAUUAAGUACUUUAAUGUUUUAAGAUACAUGUGAUCACUCUUAUGAAAUGUGAGAUUUCCUGCAUGGAAAGUGAUCACAAACAUAACCGCGAAGACGGAAAGCCGAUCGCACUAUUGAACAACUAGGCUGGAAAAGUGCCUUUACUUUUCCAAUCCUUAUCAGACUGCUGACAAAAUAGGGCUAAACAAUAUCAUUAGUUACCUCCCGUUUAACCCUCUCAGGGAGACAAUUGUUUUUAAAGAAUUGGCAUAUUUGAGCUGAUAUUUCUUACCAGUCUAACUAAGCUGCUAAAUCCUAACAACUGUGGAAAAAUCUGCCUAGCUUUUGUUUUUUGUGUGUGUUUCCGUGCACUUUAAUUAUAUUACCAGUCCAGACAAAAGCUGGACAAUAAAAUCAAUUGUUUGUCUCACUAUAAAUUAUAUGUCAGUAGUAAAUUUUUACAAUUCUAUUUAUUAAGGGCCUAUUUUUGCAAACAAAUGCACGAAUCAAUAUCAAAUAAGUCUCAAAAAUUCUAUGAUUAGGGGAAAAAAGAGUAAAAAAAUAGAAAACCCCUAGGGCAUGUUUAAGUACUUCUGGUUAAUGAAUAUGGUAGAAGUGAACAUAAAGAAUAUUAUUUAUAGAUGCUUGUUUAUCAUUAUAGUUCAAACUGCUUGUUCUUUUCAUUAAUUUUCACCAAAGAUAAUGACUGCAUCCUGACGCAUGAUAAAUAGUAGCAUGGAUUAUUUGGACCAAAUUGCUAAUUUACUGCUUAUUCUCAGUGUGUUUGAAAUGUUUUUUUAAAAGAUGGCGUAUGUCAGAUAUUGAACAAAGUGACACUAAUCUCAGAAGCAGUACUUUUUUUUAACUUGUCUCUUUCUUUGUUCGUAUUUUACAGAAACUAGCCCUUUAUCACAAAAAUCUAUACAGCAUAAGAAUUCAUUCGUGGGCUUUAUUUGUGAUGUAUUGUUGUUGGUUGGUUAUUUAUUGUUUGAAUUGUAUUUCAUUUUACAGUAUCAGCUUUGUACUUUGGGAUGGGGGCCCGUUGCUAUUCCUCGUAUUGAAGUGCUGCAGAAGGUGCAUUUAUCUGUCUUUAACCUAUUUAUUUUACAACUUUCAUUAAAAUAUAGAUUCAUACUA